UUUGCUGUCUUCCAUUGUGGCCAGUAGAGGGAGCGUCAUCUUUCAUCUUUCACUGCUGCUGCUUUUCAGGAGCGUCUGAUCUUCAUUCGCCUUCUCGCGUUAAAAGCGUCUAAAAGCUCCCGGAUGACGCGGAGCCGAUCGUUUAAUAUAAUAUCAUACCUCCAAACAAACGAACCGGCCUUCGACGACUUUCGACGGAGCACCGUGAUGAAUUUUUCCCUUCGUCACACAGGCGGGCGGACCGAAGCUCCGCUGGAGCACCAGUAGUGUAUGUGUGUAAAAAUAUAUAUAUAUGUGGAUCCAACCGAACCGGGACCGGAUCAUGAACGCGCCGUGCUGAAGUGGCGGGCCUCUCGAGCGGAAAACGGCGCGAGUCUCGCGCUGCUGCUGCUGCUGUUAGCCUGAUCGCUGCUAACAGGCCUAAAUAAAAAAAAAAGCCCGGACUGAUCUCUACAGUCCGAUCUAAACAACUGUGUGAGCUUCAAUAAGAUCCUCCAGCGGGAGAGCAGAGGAUGGCCAGCCGCCUGAGCGCCGAGGAGGAGCAGGCCACGAAGCAGUUUUUGGAGGAAAUCAACAAAUGGACAUCCCAACACGGCGUCUCGCCAUUGUCCUGGGACGUGGCUGUGAAGUUUCUGAUGGCCCGCAAGUUUGAUGUUCUGCGAGCGAUCGAGCUUUUUCACAGCUACAGGGAGACACGUCUGAGGGAGGGCAUCGUCAAACUGCAGCCUCACGAGGAGCCGUUACGCUCUGAGCUGUUGAGUGGGAAGUUCACUGUGUUGGGUGUCCGGGACCCAUCUGGUGCAUCCAUCGCCCUGUACACAGCUAAACUGCACCAUCCCAGCAAAACGGGAAACCACGUGGUUCUUCAGGCCCUGUUCUACCUACUGGACCGAGCUGUUGAGAGUUUUGAGACUCAGAGAAAUGGACUGGUCUUCAUUUAUGACAUGGCUGGAUCCAACUACACAAACUUUGAACUGGACCUCAGCAAAAAGAUCCUCAAUUUGCUUAAGGGUGCGUUCCCAGCACGGCUGAAGAAAGUGCUUAUCGUUGGAGCUCCUGUGUGGUUCAGGGUCCCGUAUAAUCUUUUGAGUCUGUUACUGAAGGAGAAGCUCCGAGAACGGGUUCAAAUGGUGAAGAUGUCCGACCUGCGACAACAUCUGCCCAGAGACUGUUUACCUGAGCACCUGGGCGGCUGUUUGCCUCUGGAUGUGCACAGCUGGAACCUGCAGCUGCUGUCCGAGCAGAAUGGACGUGUGGACCCUGUAGACGAGCUGGUGGGGAUUCCACUGGAGAACACGUCCAUACACGUCCCGGGACCUGAGGCCAUGGGUCUGGCUGAGCUCAUGGCACACCUGAACCGGGCCCAGCGCAGCGGGAUCUACCUGGAGUACGAAGAGCUUCGCAGAGAGCAGCCUCCUGGAACCUUCACCUGUGCGCUGGCUGCUCACAACCAGGAGCGGAAUCGUUAUGGCGACGUGCUGUGUCUCGAUCAGACUCGUGUGCGACUCAAAGCGAGGAGAAACGAGAGAUCAGACUACAUAAAUGCCAGCUUCAUGGAUGGAUACAAACAGAAAAAUGCAUAUAUUGGGACUCAGGGACCAUUGGAGAAAACCUACGGAGAUUUCUGGAGAAUGCUUUGGGAGCAAAGUGUGCUUGUCAUUGUAAUGACAACAAGGACAGACGAGGGCGGCCGGAGGAAGUGUGGACAGUACUGGCCCAAGGAGGAGGGUGGUCAGGAGGUGUACGGGCACAUUGCUGUGGUCAAUCACAGAGUGGAUAAACAUGCACAUUACAACCAAACCACACUUGAGCUGCACAACACUGAGACAUUCGAACAGAGACAGGUUACUCAUUUUCAGUUCCUCAGCUGGCCUGAUUACGGGGUCCCGUCCUCCGCACUGUCUCUGAUUGACUUCCUGGGUGCCGUGAAGCACCAGCAGCAGUGGGCGGUCCAGGCUUUCGGCUCACAGUGGAGGGGUCAUCCGCUCGGCCCGCCGAUGGUGGUCCACUGCAGCGCUGGCAUCGGCCGGACCGGUACUUUUUGUGCGCUGGAUAUCUGUCUGUCCCAGCUGCAGGACGUCGGGACUCUUAACAUUUGCCAGACGGUUCGACGGAUGAGAGCGCAGCGUGCCUUCAGCAUCCAAACACCCGAGCAGUACUAUUUCUGCCACACCGCCAUCCUCGAGCAUGCCCAGAGACAGGGCCUGCUUUCAGCCAAUCAGUGAGCAGCAGGGCCCACUCCUUGCCAAUCACAGACCAAAAAGGUCUAAUCCCAACCAAUCAGUAAGAGGCAAGGCCUGCUCUCAUCCAAUCAUAAGACAAGGCUUGUUUCUGAUUGAUCGGCGACUCUUAGACAGGAUAAUUCCCGAUCAAAAUCACUGGGUUUUUGAUGAAUCUGUCAUUAUUAAAAGACGGGCAGCAUAAAUAGUAACCCUAAAUGACUCCAUAUGAAGGGGGUGUCUAAAUGUUCAGUGAUCCUGCUGUAGUGUAGUCUAUGUAAUGUUGUGCUGCAUUUUGUGCAGUUUAUUCUGUGAAUUUUGUCCAAAUUGUCAAAAUUCAUAUUUCACAUGAAGCUUCAAAUCAGCUGUGCUCAAAUGUGAUUCAGGACAAACGAACAUACAAUUUCUAGAAUUUAUAGUCAUUUAUCAUGCUGUAGGUCUUUUUAUUCCAUAACACCUCAGACCAACAGUCCGUCCGCGUGUUUAAUUUGCCCAAAAAAUGUAAAUUCUGUCUUCAUGUACUUGCCCUCAUGUCAUUUCAAAUCCAUUUUACUUGCUUUUUUUCUGUGUAACAGCCGAAUGUCAUUCUGCUCCUUUUGUGUUUCACAAAAGAAAGGAAGUCAUACAUGUUUGAAAUGACUUGACGGUGAGUUUUAUACUCACAUCUGACCCAUGGGAUGCAGUCAAUGCACACUAGAGAUUAUGUAUUUGCUGGAAUUGAAUGCAGAUUUAUUGUCUAAAUUCUGCCUGUAUUCUGUAUCAGGAAUGUCUCUGUAGUUUGUAGUCCAUUUUUUGCAAUUGCAUCUGAAGAUGAUGGUUUAGAGACGGCCAGGAUGAGGAAAAGUCUUCUCACAUCAGCUGGGUGGAUCGGUAAACCUCUAUAACGCAACAAUUACUCAACUGAUAUAGUCUAUAUACAAUUUUUUUCUUUUUUUUUUAGUGUGGUGUAAAUGUGAGAUGGCUACAUUGAUUCAUUUACACUUGUAAGAAUUUUGUCUGUUAAUAUUGUACUAAAAACCGGUUUAAAAUAUCUAAACGCUCCCGUUAAGUGCAUUUAGAAACGCUUUUUAUUUUGUUGUGGGUUGAAAGAGUCUUUGCUACUGAAUUCAUAUUGAAAUUCCUUGUAGUGAAGCAUCUGUACACACUCCCAAUGAUUCCAGGAUCUGCACUCCUGCCUUGAUGGGCACACAAUGUGACCAAUUGUAUUUUUCUAUUAUAACCACGCUUUGUUUUCACUUAUUACUCCCAAAUAUAUAUACGUAAAUUAUAUUUUCCUUUAUAUCCAAUUUUAUCUUUUAUUUCUUGUUUCUUAUGCCAAUGGAAAAACUAACUUGUAAUGUCAAGCUUGUGAUUCUCAAUAAGUUCACAGCGGUUCUUUUAAUGAAAAAGUGCUUUGCUCUGCAGUGAAAAGGCCUUAUUCUUUCUGUAUGUUUGAAUUGAGUGAAACGUUUAUGUGAAAAGACUGUAAGGGUUUCAGCUGUCUUGGUGUCCAUCUCGAACUCAAAACCGAGCUGUUCAAACUGCAAUAUCAUUUGAGCAAAACCAAAUCAAAACCAUGUGUUUUAAAGUUUUAUUAAAUGGACAAACUAUA